UCGUGUAAAUAGUUUGGGGCAAGGGGACCAAAGCGUAGCCCAGGCAAGCAUCACUCGUAUAAACAGACAACAGCAGGUUCGGGUCAAGAGGCGAAUCCAAUCAAUAUCAUUUCUUCAUCUUGACGCUUCCGGAAAGCAAUAACAAUGGCGGGAACACGCGAAUCGGAGAUCAAAGCGGCUUCGGCUUCGGCAUCUUCUGAGCCUCCGACUAGAGUUAUGAUGGGAGUUAACGAGUCUACUAUCAGAGGUUAUCCUCACGCUUCAAUCAGUAGCAAAGGAGCUUUUGAAUGGACUCUUAACAAGAUCAUUCGCAAUAAUUUCUCUGGCUUUAAGCUCCUUUUUCUUCAUGUUCAAGUUCCUGAUGAAGACGGAUUUGAUGAGGUGGAUAGCAUCUAUGCAUCACCUGAGGACUUUAGGAGAUUGAAGCGCAGGGAUAGAAUAAGAGGCCAUGAUCUGUUGGAGUACUUUGUUAAAAGAUGUCACGAGAUUGGGGUUGCUUGUGAAGCAUGGAUCAAAAGAGGUGACCCCAAAGAGGUGAUCUGCCAUGAGGUGACACGAGUGCAGCCAGAUCUCCUGGUUGUAGGGAGUCGGGGACUGGGUCCCUUCCAGAGGGUUUUUGUGGGAACUGUGAGUGAAUUUUGUGCAAAGCAUGCUGAGUGUCCAGUUGUAACUAUCAAACGCAGUGCUGAAGAAACUCCUCAGGAUCCGGUUGAUGACUGAUUCUUGUUAAAAUUGCAGCUUCUGUCGUCCUAUGUUAAUAUACGCUGAUUGUGAAUUUGUGAUUCUGAGAAUUUGCUGUGUAGAUAAACUCGUUAACUUUCAAUUUCUUCUCUCAUCUGCCCUCUGCACAUGAGAGAUAUCUGUACUAAAGACCGGCAUUACAAUUUGCAUUAAAGCACUAUUGGAUUUCAGAUUA